GCUGGAACUCGGCGGGAAGGGGUGUGGGGGUUCUCCGAGGUGGUGGGAGAGGGGACACCUGCUGCUUGGCCGCCGAGGCCCGUAGGACCCUGGGAGCAGCUCCUGGCGAUGCAGACAGCUUUGGCUGGUCAGGAAUCGCCCAAGUAGUCCCCCAUGUUAAGCGUCUGCUCCCGGCUUUCUGACUGUCCUGGGUUGACGUGGAUGGGGUCUCGGUUCUGUUUUGGAUACCAUUAGUUAAAGGCUCUUGGCUGUUUCCCGUGGGGCCUGGAGCAAAGGGACUUAAUCCUGUCCUCUGGGAGUACAAAGUGAGGCGGCCUUGUCCCUGUAGAGCUCCAAGUGGGGAACACUCAGUCUGAUUCUUAAUCUGGGGUGAGGGGUCUGGCCUCAUCCCAAGGAGCCCAAGUGGGCAGCGAGACUUGCAGACAAGACAACAAGCAGGAUGGAGCAUUACCGAAGAGCUGGCUCUGUAGAGCUCCCAUCACCUUCCCCAAUGCCCCAGCUACCUCCUGAUACCCUUGAGAUGCGGGUCCGAGAUGGCAGCAAAAUUCGAAACCUGCUGGGGCUGGCGCUGGGUCGUUUGGAGGCCGGCAGUGCACGGCAUGUUGUGUUCUCAGGUUCUGGCAGGGCUGCAGGAAAGGCUGUCAGCUGUGCUGAGAUUGUCAAGCGGCGGGUCCCAGGUCUCCACCAGCUCACCAAGCUGCGUUUCCUCCAGACUGAGGACAGCUGGGUCCCAACCUCACCUGACACAGGCCUAGACCCCCUCACAGUGCGCCGCCAUGUGCCUGCAGUGUGGGUACUACUCAGCCGGGACCCCCUGGACCCCAGUGAGUGUGGCUACCAACCCCCAGGGGCACCCCCUGGCUUGGGCUCUGUGCCAAGCUCCAGCUGUGGCCCCCGACCCCGAAGAAGGGCUAGAGAUACCCGGUCCUGAAGACUUGCUGAGCCAGGCUGUUCUCCAGACCUGAAUGUUUAGGAUGGAGGUGCCUUCUCUGAGAAGCCCUGGACUGCUCAACAUUCCCAUCAAAACUCAAGCCCACAGAAGUGGGCCUCCAUGUCCUGCUUCUCCUUCCUUCUGGCACGUGGAAAGGGACUGCUAUGAAGACUGACAGGUGUGGGAUUUCUGCCAGAUUCUGGAUUGCAUAAGAAGGGUUUAUUCUUUCUUCUACCUACAGUGUGUCUGAUGUACCUUCCAACAGAGGUUGGGGGGGGGGAGUUAGGAAAUAAAGCUUUUGCCCAUUUGA